GCUGUAAAUGGCGUCCGCGUGACGGUCAUUGCAUGCCGUCAAAAUGCAUUUUCAUUUCUUUGAAACUAUCGUCAAAAUGUUGAUAUGAUACCGAUCUUACAUGAUAUAUAGUAGUUUCCUUGCAGUGAGUUUUUCAUUUUUAAGUGUCCGCGCGACCGAGACCACGGGAGGAAAGCAGGGCCCAGUGGAAAAAUAUUAACAAAUUUUUGCUCUGCAUUUAUUGAUUUUUCAUAGUUAAAAAACAUCGGACACUAAUUGCAUACGUGAUGGUACCGCGCGGCUCGCUCCCGUGCCCAAAGAAAACUGUCUUAUGUUCCAGUAUUGUAAAUACAGUCUAGUCGUACAGUAUCUAUGUACUUAUGUUAAGUAAAUAAUCUGUGAUAUAAAACCUUAUUGGUGGACUUAAUACUUUAUAAGGACUGAAUAAGUAUUGGCCAAAGAGUAUUAUGUAUUAUAUAUAUUAAAAAGUUAAGUGAUAACAUGGCACUCCCACCGCAGCAGUUCUGUGUGAGGUGGAACUCCUAUCAUACUAAUUUACAGGCAGUAUUCCCUCGCCUAUUACUAACGGAGCAGUUUGCUGACGUGACAUUAGCCUGCGAAUCAAAACAGUUGAGAUGUCACAAGUUGGUGCUGUCAGCUUGUUCAGCGUACCUGGAACGGCUCCUGCUGCAGAACCCCUGCAAGCAUCCCAUCGUGCUCAUGAGGGACAUGCGAUUCAGUGAAAUGCAAGCCCUAGUGGACUUCAUGUACAAGGGGGAAGUGAACGUCACGCAGGAGGAGCUCCCGAGCCUGUUGAAAUCCGCCGAAGCCCUCCAGAUAAGAGGUUUGUGUUCCGGCGAGGGCGGCCCGGCAGCCCCGGGCUCCGCUACCGGGGACUCCAAAGACUUCUCCGUAGCCAGCGACGCUCUCCUCGCCCACGCCAACAAGGAAACGAGCGCAGCAACACAGAAAACACCGAAGAAGAGCAAAUCAGAAGAAAGGGAAAAGACGGACGUCAAAGAAGAGACGGUGGAGGAAGACGGCCUCUACUACGGAGAGCUGGAGAACGAGCACAUGGACUAUAACGAGGACGAGGAAUCAGGCAAGCCGAGUAGUAGUUUAGGACAGACGUCAGGUCGGUAUAUACGAGUGAAGCCGGAGAGCGAGCUGUUCUUCCAGAAUAAGCUGAUGGAGAACGCGGCGUACGUCAAGAGACUGGCGAAGAUGAAUCCAGCCGACAUGCAGAAGGAGUUCACCAAGUACGGCCUCACUAAUAUGGAGGAGUUGCAGAGAAAUGAGAACGAUUACUACAAACUGUGGCUGGAACAGAACGGGGAGCUGGAGGUGUCGCUGCUGAAGACCAACCAGGUCAAGAAGAAGAACGACGUCAAGAACCAGAAGUCGGAAGUCGAGCUGAUACCAAGGAAUAGAGAGAAUUACCCCAAAAUGGGGGAGAAAAUGGCAAGAAAACGCGGGAGGCCGCCAAUCUUUAAGGAUAAGAACGUGGAUAUCAGCGAGACCGUGCUUAAGGCGGAUCUGGAUCAGUUCCUGGAGGGCAAGGAGGUGAGCUCGUCAGGGUUGUCGAGGAAGGAUCUAGAGAGAGUCAUGAUGGGCAAGUUCAACCCGAACAGAAGAUACUCCAACGAAGCCAUGUGGGCGGCUCUGAUGGACGUGAAGAAAGGCGGCAGCAUAUACAGGGCGGCCCAAACCCACAAGGUCCCCCGCAAGUCCCUGAGGAACUGGAUGAAGAGGUGCCACAUAAAAUCCUCGUUUCCUAUGCCGCAGCAGCUAAAGCAGUUCGUGGAGAACAGCAAGAAGCAGAGAGAUUAUCAGCACCAAGAGAACGAUAAGAGCGAUAACGUUGAUGACAACGAGUUCGGGAAGCACUUCCUCUUCAAUCAGGUGUCCAGCGAGGAUGAAGUCAGGGACAAGACAAACGCCAGCGAUGGCAACAUCGCCCUAGACAUGUCGCUGCACGAAUGAUUUCAAGCUGAAAUCAUUUACAGCAUGUUUUUAUUAUAAUUCUACGUGCAAUUUUUUUUAUAUGGCAAUACACGUUCUGACGCAAUGAACUUAUAACUGCCAAAGAUUAUUCAAAGAUUAUUAUAUAUAUAUAUCUAUAUGAUACACGAAAUUUUAUCGUUUGCAAUCCUACGUCCAAAGAAAAAAUUGAAUAUCGUUCAAUUAUAUAUAACACGGUAGAAAAAAUACUACCAAAUGGUAGAAAUACUACCACGAAAUGGUAGAAAUUUUUUUUAAUUUAUUAUUAUAUUGUAGUGUUAACGCGAAUUUGCCUUCAUGAAAUACGGUGUGCUGGGGACAAUGUCCGGAUUUAAUGUAAAAGACUUAAAUAAAAUUGUAGACUAGGUUAAGUGAGGUUUUGAACUGUUUUAAGAUUAUACAAGACAGGUGACGGAUGGAAGAGCGGUUUGUUUGUUAUGUUAUGUUCCACAUCGAAGAUCGUGGGUUCAGUGACCGGUUUUGGAGGGAAAUAUAUAUAUAUAUAUAUAUAUAUAUAUAUAUAUAUAUAUAUAUAUAUUAUUAAUAUUGAUGAAGUAAAGAUUUUUUUACGUAGACUCUUCAAGUAUCAAACGCGACCCGUCGCUCUAAAACCGCUACGGAACCCACAUUCUAUGUUCCUACGUUAAUUAAUCGUUUCCUUUAUAAUUUUUAACUUCCCCAAUAACGUGGUGUUUUUACUAAUUUUUUUUUUUUAUAAAUCUCUAACAUUCUCUAAUAUGUCGUUUGAUUUGACGUUUACCACAGUGUUGCCAGAAUAAAAAAUAGUAGAAACAUCACAGGAUCCAUAAAGUGCCUAUUAGUGUAAUGAAUAGCGUGUAAGGCCUGUAGCUAUAAUUGUUUUCAGUAUUAUUUCAUUGUCCUAUUGAAUUGGUUUCACGCUUGGAUCGAAUAGUACUAUAAUUUUAAUAUCGUUCGUUCUGUUCGCGGCCACGAGCGUUUCCGGGCCGCCAUCUUUAUUAUAAUUUUUGGAUGAUUUAAUCGUUCCAAUGAUGGCGAUGUUGAUUUUUAUUUUAUUUAAGCCGACACCAAAAAAAAAUAUUCGAAAUUAAAUUUUUACUUAUCAUUUACAUGUACUUAACUAUUUGAAUAGUCUUAUAAUAGGGAAUCAUUUUUUUUUGUGUCUUGAUGUUAAUUUAUUUAGUAGUCUAGUUUCUCUCAACGCCGGACCGAGCACCAUACUUCCGUUCACAUAAACGAAUCGUCCUUUGUAUAGUUAUAUGGCUUGUACCAGUUGUAUUGAGAAUUUAAUAAACAUUGUACAACAAAA